AUGGACUCAAGAGCCACUGAUCAUGUAACUGCUGAUCCCUCUCAACUUGCAAUAGCCUCUACUUAUCAAGACACUGAUCAACUUCAAGUGGGAAAUGAUGAGAAUUUUCUUAUCUCCUGUACUGGUCAGGAACCUUUAGAGAUGGCCUCUAUAUGUUGUCUUCGCCCAAGCCAUCUGGUUCCCAAACUCAAGGACAAUGACUCUCAUGAUGAUAACAUUGCUACUGUUGAAAAUAAAAAAUUCUUGAAUAAUAAUGUUGAUAAUGUUAAUUGCAAAUCUGUUCAUGAUACUAAUGCUUCUAAUGGCAAUUCUCUUAAGAAUCAAACAAAUAAGGUUCGUGCCUUCUUGUUUUUCAAAUUAAAGGAAACGGCUUUGCCAUCACUCACAGUCACAGGUGAUGACGAAACAUUAGCCAAGAGGAAGGCUAUUGACGAUUGGCUUCCUAUUACUUCUUCAAGAAAUGCAAAAUGGUGGAAUUCAGCAUUCCACAAUGUUACUGCCAUUGUUGGAGCUGGUGUGCUCAGUCUUCCUUAUGCCAUGUCAAAGCUUGGAUGGGGUCCUGGUAUUGCAAUAUUAGUUUUGUCAUGGAUCAUAACUCUAUAUACCCUUUGGCAAAUGAUUGAGAUGCACGAGAUGGUUCCUGGAAGAAGAUUUGACAGGUACCAGGAACUGGGGCAGUAUGCCCUUGGUGAGAAGCUUGGUCUGUACGUUGUGGUGCCACAAGUUGUUGUUGAAGUCGAUGUUUGUGUCGUUUCCAUGGUUACUAGAGGCAAAUCCCUGAGGGGGCGUUUGAUUGGGGUUUUUUAA